AUGGCCUCUGAUGGUCCUUUUGUGCUCCCUGGCGACGAGAUUGACGCGUCUCUGAUCCCGUCACAUCAGAAACUUCCCCUGAGACUGGGCCCCGGCCUUCGACAUGUCCCUCCCAGGCAAAUAGUGCCCACUAUCGCCGGCAAGCUGGUUUCCGACCGCAAGAAGAACUCGAUAUGGGUUGAGCAGACAAGUGGACGUUACAUUCCCACCGUCGGCGACCUCGUCAUUGGCACCGUCCAGCGCACCGCUGCCGAACUCUACUACGUCCUCCUGGCCGAUUACUCAACACCCGCCAUCCUGCCCCAGCUUUCUUUCGAGAUGGCUACGAAGAAGACCCGCCCUCAGCUUGCCUCCGGCGCCCUAGUCUACGCUCGCGUCACGCUCGCGAACAAGCACAUGGACCCCGAGCUUGAGUGCGUCUACCAGUCCACCGGCAAGGCCGACGGCCUGGGCCCCCUCGUUGGCGGCAUGCUCUUCAACAUCUCUCUUGGCAUGGCGCGCCGCUUGCUCAAGCCCAAGACGACAGAUCUUGUUGUGUUGGAGGAGCUGGGUGCCACGGGUGCGGCCUUCGAGACGGCUGUGGGUCGAAAUGGCAAGAUUUGGGUCAAUAGCGAGAGUGCCAAAACCAUCAUUGCGGUUGGAAGAGCCAUCCAGGAGACUGAUGAGCGGGGCCUCACAGUCGAUCAGCAGAAGAAGCUCGUAAGGUCGUUAAUCAAAAGUCUGAGUUAA